UAUUGGGUAUGUGUCAAUUUUUCCCUUUUCACACAUGCUCACAUCCUUCCCAUACCCUUCUCUUCUGCCCACCUAAAAUGAGGGAAAGAAAAAAAACCAGAAUCAGAUUAAGAGAGAUUCUCAGAAAUUUCCAGUUUCUUUGGGGUUCUUUUGCAGCAAUCAUUAGUUUUGUUAUAAUCUGAAGCCCCCUUUUACCGAUCUCCGCUUCUGUUUUCUAAGUGCGGUAAUUUCUUUUUUGAAACCUCUCUUGUACUUCUAUCAGUUCUUCCCCUUUUUUGUGUGUGUGUUUUCUCUUUCUCUCCCUUUUUCCGUUUGCUUGGGAAAUGAUUUCUGUAAAAGUAUUGCCCGAUUUCGACUCUAGGAGGUGUUUGCUGACUGCCCUUUUGUUCUUAUGUGCACCAAAUUCGUUAUCGUUGAGUUUUUCUUCAUGUUUUGGUUCUAUGUUCAACUGGGUUGCUUUUGAUUGUAUGGAUUUGUGUGUUUUUGCCGCGGUUUUUCUCUUUUUCUGACAGGUAAUUUUGAUUGUGCAAAAGAGUUGGACGUUUGAUUCAUUCAGUCUAAGAAAUCAUCGCAGGAAGCUAACUCCAUUUAUUGUUGUCGUGGUUUUCAUGGUUCAGAAUUGAAUGUUCACGAAAGUUUUCUCCUCUUCCCCUUUAUUCUCGUGCUGAGUAUGAAUUUGUGUUAAGUUCUUGGAGCUGGGGACAUGGGUAGUGGCCAUGUCUUUCCACUUAAAGAAGCUGCAUUUAGCUCGUUCCUGUAGUUUGAUUCUAGCUUUGGCAAUCUAGAAAUAUUUAUACGAAAAGGUUCAAAGAUCUGAUUGCAGCAUGGGUUACAUAUGUGAUUUCUGUGGGCAUCAAAGGUCGACUGUUUACUGUCGAUCCGAUUCUGCAGCUUUGUGCUUAUCUUGUGACCGUAAUGUUCACUCUGCUAAUGCCCUGUCGAGGCGCCACUUGAGGGCGUUGUUAUGUGAUAGGUGUCAUUCACAAGCUGCAUUUGUUAGAUAUCCUGAAGAGAAUAUUUCACUUUGUCAAAAUUGUGAUUAUAUGGGGCAUAGCUCAUCUGCUUCCAUUUCGUCCCGAAAGAGGCAACCAAUCAAUUGUUUCUCAGGAUGCCCGACAGCUGCAGAACUCUCAUCUAUCUGGUCGUUUGUUCUAGAUCUCCCGUCUGUAGGUGAUGCUUGUGAACAAGAAUUAGGAUUAAUGAGCAUUGCUGAAAAUAGUGCAGUAAAUGACUGGGGCCCUGAUGAUCAAGCUGGUCAAAAUGUAUCUGGUGCAGAUCAAACCAAUGAAUUCUCAAAUGAGGAUAGAUCAAUUUGGUAUGGCUCCUCUUCAAUGCCUCAAUAUCCAUCCAAGCCUCACGUCAUGGACCAACCAAUGAGGAUAAAUGCAACUUCACCCAAGUUGCACUGUGCUGGAACAAAAGGUCCUGGACUCGAUAUUGAAGAUGACCUCUACGAGAAUUUGAAUAUGGAUGAAGAUAGUUGGAAUCUUGAAAACUAUGAUGAACUAUUUGGUGUAUCUCUCAGUUUUUCUGAAGAAUUGCUAGAGAAUGGUGGUAUUGAUAGCUUGUUUAGGAUGAAAAGUCUGUCCGCCACGAAAUCUGGUUGCCCUGGUGUGCCUGCAGCAGAGGGAGCGUUCGUUGGUUUAGUUAAUAAUACGAUGCGUCCAGCGAGCAGUAAUGCAGCAUCUGCAGAUUCCAUGAUGAGUGCGAAGACUGAACCGAUUCUCUGUUAUAACAAUAAGCAAGAGCACUCCAGCCUAUCAUUUUCUGGCAUGACUGGAGAGAGUAGCGCAGGCGAACCUCAAGACUGUGGAGCUUCACCAAUGCUUCUAAUGGGAGAGCCUCCUUGCUGUUCUAUGGCCACUGAGAGUUCUUUCCAGUCAUCUAAUCGUAGCGAUGCCGUAAUGCGUUACAAGGAAAAGAAGAAAGCUCGUUUGAAAAGAAGGUGAGGUAUGCUUCUCGCAAAGAGAGGGCCGAUAUUAGAAGGCGUGUCAAGGGGCGCUUUGUUAAAGCUGGAGAAGCGUAUGACUAUGAUCCACUGAAUCAAACCAGAAGCUACUGAAAGUUUAACUUUUGGAAUUUGAUGAAUACGAAAAAGUAAAACAAAAAACCAAAAAAAAGCAAACCGAAACGGAUAUGUGGCUUAAUAGUCCGACAAUAUACUCUAAUCAAUGGAUAAAUAUCGCUUUCCCAGUGUCGAACGGGAAGUUUAUUUGUAUAUGGACCCUGAGUUUUCCAUCAGAUGGUAAGAGGGUAGAUGCACAAAAGCCAGGUCUAUAAUAGCUUGUCGAUACAACUCGAGGGGGCUGAAAAUUCUGUAUCCAUACCCCCCAAAACGAACAAAGGAUCACAACAAUUCUGUGGAGAGCUUGUAAGUUCUUUGUAACAUAAAUGUAUGGCUUGUUUGUUGUCA